AUGGCAGACCGCCAAGCCUUAUUUGAUGAUCCCUCCAUCCUCCUGGUAUCAUCCCUGGGUACUUCGGCUUCAAAUCCCACCAAUGAAGUCCUGAAAAUUACCCCAGACAUCGCUCAGCAACCCGAAGGUCGCAACGCAUUGAGUCUUUUGCUCGAUUCUGCCAUUGCCAAUGCUGCCAAGGAGUCCACGCCGGAACUCGAACCACGCACCAGCGGCUCUGCAAGAGGAUCUCCGAAGGAAGUUGAAAAAAUCGAAUCUCGGGGUGAAAAUGAAAAGCAACUUCAGUCGAAAGGUGAAGAGUAUACUGUUGACUACAAGAGCACCACAGCUUACAGCUACUCUAUCAAUGAAUUGAUACUGUUACGGAACUCGGCAAACGUCAAGGAGAUCCAAAAGGAACUUGAUCUUCCUGAAAAAAGCUUUUGGGGACUGCGCCAAAAAACUCCUAAAGAAAAGGGUCCUGAAAGAAGAAAGAAAGGAGGUGCUGAGGGACUUCGCUGGGAAAAGAAACCCUCGGGCUUUGCUCGUGCAGCAGAACUUGAUACUAUGGGCCAUGAUAAGAUUAAUCAGCUACUUGGUGAGAACCCUGAUGAGGCUGAGCCAGAUUGGGGUACAGUUGACGGAUCCAAAGACUCCCAAAUAGACAUGGGAGAGACUGUAGAGGACUUCGAACGAUGGAAAGCUGAAAUGCGUCGUCGUGCUGAAGGUGAAUUUUCGUCCGAACCUCUGGGAAAUGAACCACCUGUGGCCGAUAGUAUCCCGAACAACGAAGUGGAUAACUUCUUUUCGUUUGUGAAACCAAAAGAAAAACCAAAGCAAGAGUCCACCAGCACCUCUUCCAAGAGUUCUCGCUUCUCUUCAUUCUUUAAUGCCCCUGCUCCUCCUCAAAGGGACUCUCCUCAAACUUCAAGACCACAGUCCAACCAGCAAACACAACCAAUUGGUUCUCAAGAAACGCAGCCAAUGGCUCCUCGUCGACUUCCCUCGCAAGAUGAAUCGUCAUCUCGCUUCUUUGGUGGAAAUCAAUCUCUGAACAACAAUCAAAGGGCUCCAGGAACCCCAGGAACUCCAGGAACUCCACAACAAAACAUAUUACCACAAGGACCAUCGGGCUUACCCCGUAUGUACCCUCCAGGCUUACAAUCUGGUCCGUAUGGUGCACCUCCACCAGGUCUUCCGGCCGGUGGUCCUCCGCCUGGAUUUGGUGCCAAUGACAACUUUUUCAAUACUUUGCUCAACAAAAGUGUGCCUCCUCAACCUUCAACCGCCCACCAGCAACAACAGCAGCCACGCUUCCCUCCUCCGCCUGGCUUUGCGUACCCGCAAACUGCGCCGCAAAACAUGAAAGGUAUCACUCAAUUUCCUCCAUGGAUGAAUAUGCCACCUCCAGGAACUGCUCCAGACCAGGCUCAGACACAGAACUCUCCUCACCAGGGAUUCAGAAACAUGCCUCCUGGCUUGAUGGCCCAAGGUCCAAACCAAGGUAAUCAGAUGCAAAACCAAGGCAAUCCAGGACAAAAUCUAGGCAAUUCAAUGCAAAAUCAAGGUAAUGUAAUGUCACCUCAGAAUCAGAAGAACAUGAGAUAUCAAGGAUUUCCACCUGGAGUUCCCCCAGGAUUCAUGUACUCUCAUGAGCAGAAUCAUCCACAUGGCCAAAUGCCUCCUGGCUUUCCAAUGUAUGGAAAUCCAAUGCAGAGACAGCAGAUGCAACAAGGGCCACUGAAUGCACAGUCUCCCCGAGAUGAACGCAGCGAAGCUUCUCCCUGA